GCGGCGGCGGCGGCGGCGGCGGCGGCGGCGGCGGCGGCGGCCGUGGUGGUUACUAUGGCGGAGUCGGCCGGAGCCUCCUCCUUCUUCCUCCUUGUUGUUCUCCUGCUGGCCGGCAGCGGCGGGUCCGGGCCGCGGGGGAUCCAGGCUCUGCUCUGUGCGUGCACCAGCUGCUUACAGGCCAACUACACGUGUGAGACAGAUGGGGCCUGCAUGGUUUCCAUUUUCAACCUGGACGGGAUGGAGCACCAUGUGCGCACCUGCAUCCCCAAAGUGGAGCUGGUCCCCGCCGGGAAGCCCUUCUACUGCCUGAGCUCCGAGGACCUGCGCAACACGCACUGCUGCUACACUGACUUCUGCAACAAGAUCGACCUGAGGGUGCCCAGCGGUCACCUCAAGGAGCCUGAGCACCCCUCCAUGUGGGGCCCUGUGGAGCUGGUGGGCAUUAUUGCCGGCCCAGUGUUCCUCCUGUUUCUCAUCAUCAUCAUUGUUUUCCUUGUCAUUAACUAUCAUCAGCGCGUCUAUCACAACCGCCAGAGGCUGGACGUGGAGGACCCCUCGUGUGAGAUGUGUCUCUCCAAGGACAAGACGCUCCAGGAUCUCGUCUACGACCUCUCCACGUCGGGGUCUGGCUCAGGGUUACCCCUUUUUGUCCAGCGCACAGUGGCCCGAACCAUCGUUUUACAGGAGAUUAUUGGCAAGGGCCGGUUUGGAGAAGUGUGGCGCGGCCGCUGGAGGGGUGGUGACGUGGCUGUGAAAAUAUUCUCUUCUCGUGAAGAGCGGUCUUGGUUCCGGGAAGCAGAGAUAUACCAGACAGUCAUGCUGCGCCAUGAGAACAUCCUUGGGUUUAUUGCUGCUGACAAUAAAGCAGGGCGCUCAUUCCUCACGUUGCCGUGGAGGUUUGUAGUGGCCUCGGCUGCCCCCAGGCUGAAGAGCCUUGACCUCUCACGCAAGGGAGGAAGGGGAAGAGAGAAUUCCUUACUCCCUCUGAAUAACGGCACCUGGACACAGCUGUGGCUCGUCUCCGACUAUCACGAGCACGGCUCCCUGUUUGACUAUCUAAACCGGUACACGGUGACCAUCGAGGGGAUGAUCAAGCUGGCCUUGUCUGCCGCGAGUGGUCUGGCACACCUGCACAUGGAGAUUGUGGGCACCCAAGGGAAGCCUGGAAUUGCUCAUCGAGACUUAAAGUCAAAGAACAUCUUGGUGAAGAAAAAUGGCAUGUGUGCCAUUGCAGACCUGGGCCUGGCUGUCCGUCACGAUGCAGUCACGGACACCAUUGACAUUGCCCCCAACCAGAGGGUGGGAACCAAACGAUACAUGGCCCCCGAAGUACUUGAUGAAACCAUCAACAUGAAGCACUUCGACUCCUUUAAGUGUGCUGAUAUCUACGCCCUUGGGCUCGUGUACUGGGAGAUUGCUCGAAGAUGCAACUCUGGAGGAGUCCAUGAGGAAUAUCAGCUACCAUAUUAUGACCUAGUGCCCUCUGACCCUUCCAUUGAGGAGAUGCGGAAGGUCGUAUGCGACCAGAAGCUCCGCCCCAACAUCCCCAACUGGUGGCAGAGUUACGAGGCGCUGCGGGUGAUGGGGAAGAUGAUGCGGGAGUGCUGGUACGCCAACGGCGCGGCCCGCCUGACCGCGCUGCGCAUCAAGAAGACCCUCUCCCAGCUCAGCGUGCAGGAGGACGUGAAGAUCUAGCUGCCCCUCCCCACACGCUGCUGGGCAGCGGGACCUACAGCCGAGCUGCCGUGUUGAGCGUCCGAUGGAGGCCUACCUCUCGUUUCUGCCCAGCCCUCUGUGGCCAGGAGCCUGGCCCGCAAGAGGGACAGAGCCCGGGAGAC